GUCACUCGAAACACACUUCGCAAAUUAAAAUUCAAGUAUAUAGCUUACGUCGCUUUUCCAAGAGAAAAAUUAGCCAUUAUGUUCAUCCGCGGGGAUGUGCCGCGUCAUUCCCGGGGCCAGAUCCCCCAGAUUCCCAGUUCCAUGACUCCCUACGUAGCGGCGGUGAAGCGCGGCCCCUAUACGAUGACCAAUCCGGUUUACAACAGCCCCAAUCCCAACCUGGUGGGCCUGGAUGGCCAGGUGGAGGGGUCUCGGCCGAAGCAUACCUUCAACGUAAAGAAACAGGAGUUGGAGAAUAACUUCCGGCACCACCAGCGGCGUAUUCCGGUGCCCACCUGCCGGAGGACAAUGCCCAAGACCAGAUCCCACAUGGUGAUGAACGAGCAGCGGGAGCUCUACCGCCAGCACCGCGAUCGAAUGUCCAAUAUCAAGGGCAAGGUCAACACCUAUCUGCCGCCCCCGAAAAUCCAAAUCGAGGGCAACGGCAUGGAGCUCUCCUACAUGGAGAUGCUGACCGCGCUCUACAAGAAGAGCAACAACACGCUGCGCACGUUUACCAAAUCCCCGGAACGCCUGGCGGCUGGCAGGUGGCGCAAUGCCAACUUGGCCAGGGAAAAGGAGCGCCGGCAGCUGGAGAAGAACAAGGAGUUCCACAAGGGAGGCGAACUCUUCGAUCCCCAGGCGGGCAAGUCGAACAGGUACAUGCCCAAGUCCUCGGGUUCCUUCAGUUGCGAGAUUCCCCUCCACGUGCUCCAUCGCUACGAGAGCCUGAUGGACAAGUGCGACGUGGGCAUCCUGUGCAAGCUGCUCCGCCCGCAGAUCUACCUGGACAUCGAGGUGCGAGAGGCCCGCAUCGAGGGAAGACUGACUAUCCAGCUCUUCACUGAGGCCUGUCCGCAGGUGGUGCUGGAGUUCAUGAGGGUCUGCACCCAAAGGCGGAAGGGAGCCAUUCUCUUCUCUCGAGCUUUGGCGCCCAUUUGGAUGGAGGGACGACUGGCCAUGAAUCCGCAGAGGAGCACCGAAGUGGCCAACAUCGAGCACGACUUCGAGGUGCUGAACCACGGCGUGGAUGCUGGGAUCCUCUCCUUCCCCAGCCGUUAUGUCCGGGGAAAUGCCCGGAAGGCGGUCAACUUCACCAUCAGCUUCAAGCCACUGUCCAUUUUGAAUGGCAGGAGGAUCGCCUUCGGGAAGGUUCGCAAGGGUAUGCAGGUCCUGGAGAAGAUUCAGGCGGCCAUCGGACACCUGCCCAUGAGCCACAAAAUGAUCCAACUGACGGACUGCGGAGUGCUCCAAUAAUGUACAAAUUCAAAGUAGACUCAAAGAGAAACGCGUAACCUUAAGGAUUAGUCUCCAACACUCGACCAAUAGAAGCCGUCGGCUGCUGGCUGAAUAAGCCGUAGUAUAUCUGUAAUAUAUAAUAUAUAUAGCAAUAAAUCGAUGUACACUCGAAA